AUGGAUACGCUACAGGUUGCACAAUCGAGCUUCGGCACUUCUACCCCCCAACUGCGUAAUCGAUCAUUCCGAAACAGCCUAAUGUCUUCAGUUAUCAAAGUCCCUCCAAGCGGUGAUCAUAAACUUUUGUCUCCUGACUCUUCCUUCCUGAAGCCGCCCAGUGUGGUACCAUCACUAGAUCGGCUAUCUUCUUCUUGCUACGGCAAAGUUCAGGGUGAGAACGACCCAGGUGCGCAAAGUAGUCCUCGUCAGUCCCAGUCGGCACAUUCAAAACUGUCUACGGUCUCUCUGAAACGGUCCAACUCGUCCAAUGUGCCACAAGUGAGUGAAUCGACGAACAAACCACAGCCACCGUUUAAACGCCCGGCCGUUCUCUCUACAGGGCUCAAGUCUGGUAGCAACCAAACAUUUGCGCGAUCGGGUUUUAUGAAAGGCAAAACUCUAGGGUCAGCGGCGGGAUCGGUUCGUCAGGAUAAGAUGGAUCACUUGGCCGAAAUACGAGAAGGUUCUACGUCGCGCGGGGGUCUCAACACGAACCCGCCUCUACGGAAGCCCUCCCGUACGGCCACUUCUGGUGCCUCGUUCCUACGCGACGGUGCACCUACCAGCCUCGUCCCAAAGACCAAGGUGGGAUCCCAGUCACCCUGCGAAGAGGAGUUAUUAGUGUUGAGACAACAAUUCGGUACCAGUCUGGCAGAGUGGAACAAGGUUUUCGAGGUUCUUUGCAUCUUCGCACAGUGGUCUCUUAACUCAAAGGAUAGACUCAUAAAAGAGGCUUCUCACCGCGAGGAUUUGCUCAGAUCUCAGUUAAAAAUGCGUUCAGAUGAGUGUGCCCAGUUUGCGGUGCAAAUCAAGGAGCUCUUGCAGCAGCAUGCAGGAAGCCAACGGGAAAAGGCAGAAAUGUGGGAAAAGGAACGUCAAAUCAUGCAGAUCGACAUGGAGAACCUGCGAGUAACUCUUCGAACGGAAAAAGAAAAAGAGAUCGAGAAAGUUCUCCUCCAACGAGAUGCAGACAUAUCGGAAUUGCAGAAGGCCUACGACAGUCAGGUAGCCUCGAUAAAGAAGCGUUGCGCCACCUGGUCCGACCAUGUUAUUUGUGGUUUUGCCCCCAAUGCACCAGCGAUGAGCUUAUCUGGCCGCCAGCCAAUGGAGGCUGAGACCAGAAGUCUUUCCGAGGAGCGUCGAAAGUGGGCUGCACGGGUUGCGGAAUCCCAUCAAAAAUUUUCCAGACAGUUUGAUCAGCAGCAGAUUGAACAUGAAUCUCAAAUCGUGGAACUCAGGAGCCAUAAUGCAACACGUGUUGCGGAGUUGGAAAAUUGCCUCAAAUCUAUGGAACUUGAGUUUUCAGCGAAGGUGAACCGCCUCCAAUCAGAGUGUGAUGAACUGCGCAGACUCUCCGAAGAGGCCCAAAAAAAUUCUUUUGAAACACCACAACAACUACUACCAUUCACACAACCGAAGAUGUCGAACUUCUCUGUACAAAUUCCCUCAUCCGAAGACGAAUCCUCCGUCCCUGAAGAGGGACCCUCACAGAGUUUCAAUUUUGAUGAUAUUCCCAUAUCCAUGACGGGUUCUUGUUGUACACUCCAAGCAAAGGCGGCUCAUCCCGUCUUCCUCUCACCUGCUCCCACUCAUCUUAACUCUACCCAUGCGAAACAACUAAUUAUCAAGUCUCAAACUCCAGAGGCAAGUAUUUUCUGUUUUGGUUAUUUCAUUUUUUCGACAAAUGACUUCGCAUUGCAGGAGGAAAUUGAAAGUCUCAAGACGGUUCUUGAGUUGAAAUCCGCAGAAGCGGCAGAUCUGCGUCAAAAGACGAUGCGACUGGAAGAGGAGCUGACAGCCGUAAAAGAAUUAAACAAAGAAAUCAAGGAGUUGCAAAAUCGGAACGAAAAUCUGGAGGCCCUUCUGGAGUUGCGUGCUGAGAGUCAGAAACAAUUGCAAGACCGUGUGCAAAGCAUGUUCCAUAACCUGGAGAAGGCGGUGCGGGACAAGAAGAAGCUCAAAACAGAAUGCGAAUCUCUUCGAUUCAAACUGCUUGAUGCUCACCAUAAGAUUGACCAACUGAAUGCAGCGAACGCCAGUGAAGAUGAUAGCUUUGACAUGACUGACUCCCUCUACAUGUCCAGAUCGGUGUACUCUGAUCCUCGUGUGAAUAAUCCCGUGGCAAGCGGUCGAAGUCCGCGACCAAUUUCAGGGACGCCGAAGUCUCCCGUUGACGCAGACGAUCGCCUGCCUGCAGGCUCCUUCAUCUCAUUGGACACCCGCCCUGCCAGCAGUUCCAUGCGGCUGCGUCGAGGAUUACAGCAUGAUCGUAGCAAGAGACGCACUUUGGCCACCUCUGCAGAACUAGAGCACCACACUCGACACUGA